GCUCCAACAAAAAAAGCGAAGAGCUGCCAAAAUACCAACAUUCAUUAAGCAGAGCGUAUUCAAUUCGUUUGGACGUUUGAACGCGGAUAUGACAAUUUGUAUGUCCGAUUGCCGUUUGAGUGAACGGAAGCGGAAAAGCGCGCGCAUACUUAAACAAUUCGGUUAAAUAAACGCCUUAACAAUAACAACAAAAUCAUCUGUGCUCAGAAAAUUUUCGUGAUGUUCUACAUAUACAUAAAUGCAUACUUACAAAUCUUUCUAUGUACAUCCGCAGUGUAAUUUAAGACAUUCUAAGCCCUGAAAAGGCGGUGUCUGUCGUGUCGUGAAGAAAGAAAGUGAAAAGCUCACGUGCCAAAUAGUAGAAGAGAAUACACAAGUUGUGUAUGAAGUGUGUAAUAGAUAAUAACACAAAAGUUAUAUACAAACAUACAAACAUACAUACAAAGCUGUGUAUUUUCGCCUAGAAAGCAAUAAAAGUGUGGUAAGUGUACUUUGUGGGUUCCUGGGUUCGCCAAAAAAAAGUGAAAAUUAUCUGCAUACGAGUACGUAAAAAUUUGUAUAUAAAAACUUGUGCGUGCUUAGCAACGGCAAAUUCGGCAGGAUACUUAGCACACAGUUGAUUUGCUGGAAAGCACUUCAACGGUGGCACAUAAGUAAAAAGCCCGCUUUCCAGUAGGGAGCAUGUUUGCAACUGGAUACAUGAAAUUUUGAGUGCCGAGCCCAAAAAUUCAAUAGUUGCCCAAUGUCCCCGGCAUACCAACAACUGAGUUGCUGUUAUAAGUGAAUUGCUGUUGUUGUUUUCUACAUUUACACCUCAUUAAAGCAUUCCUCAACAAAAUCAUACAACGCGUAACAUCAUGACCUUCUAUUGGUGGUCCCAUUGGUUCUGGAUAACAACGUUGAGCACUGUCCUUCUUAGCAUAACAUUCGUGCAAACAUAUCCCAGUCAAGAGAUUUCCUUAGAGUACAAUCAAAAUAGUAAAACGGUGAAAGCAAUUACAAAACUACAACAACAGACAACGGCAAAUCCAGCAUGGACUGCAACUACGCCAGCACCUGUAGCGGCAGCGAAUACGGACGAUGGAGACAAAGAAGCAGGAAUUAUUGAGUCAAUACAACAAGAGAGAUUAGACGAUAGUGCCGAAAGCGCCGAGGAAGAGUCGCAUAGCGAGAAGGUGGACGAGCAACUCAUACCAGAGCAGCCUGAAGGCGAGUUAGAGGAACUGGCAGCCCGAAGGCAAGAUAAUAUUGUAGACGAUGAGAGUCAACACGAAAAUAUACCCAGUGCGGAGGACGCAGACUAUAAACGAUCUGCAGAGGGUUUCAAUAAAACGUUAGCAGCUUCUAAAGAAGACGUAGAUGAGAAUGAUGAUGAUGGAAGUUUUGAGGAGCCACACGUCGCCGCAGUAGUGACCGAACAAAGAUCAGCACCUCUCGCAGACGAGCAAGACACAGAGAAAUUGAAACGUGUUGAAGUGGAAAUGAGCAAUUACACUAACCACACUCGUAGCCAACCAGAUGUCAGAACUAAUGCCACAGCAGCACACGAGCUCAACAGUACCGUAGCGCAAACGCGCCCUUUGGAUGCGCCCAAAACACGUUUAAACAGUUCAACUGCGUCUGCCGUAACAACAAAGUCCCGCUUGGAUGCCAGACACUCCGACACAUUGGAGUGGUUGAAUGCAAUGGCAGCAGCAGCAGCACUGCCGGUGCCCAAGCUACUCACCAAUAUGCCACAAGCUACCGAAAUCGACCGUGAAGUGGUCACUGGGCCAACAGAAUCGGCUGUAGACACAGCCGGCGCGGUGACGACACAACAACGCAUACCCUUCACAUUGGAGAAUGCCAAUAAAGAGGAAGAAUUGCGACGUGCCGAAAACGAGCAUCGUUCACGCAAAUCGAAAGUACUCUCAGCUGAGUACAAGCACAUUAAUCGCUUCAUUAAUUACUCAUCGGAUACAAAGAGUCUGCUGACGCGUAGCGCUUCCACAGCGCCCAAUGAUUUCGAUGGCGGUGAAGAGGGUAAUAUCUCCUCGGAGGCGCUUUCGAUACAGCGCACCUACUUCCUGGACGCCGGCGCUAUAUCCGCCAUUUGUUUCACCAUAUUCGGGGUUUGUUGCACCAUGGGCACCAUUGGCAUAGUGCUCUAUCGCCGUAGAUAUCUCAAUAAACCGCAGGCGUUGAGCGAGCCCGAUUCGAGUGUCUACAUUGAUGAUAGCACGAUGCGUUUAAUUUCUUUUGAUGAUUUACAGGAUAAUUCUGAUGAGAUGUAUAGUUUGGAUAAUGAUUCAUUUCUCAAUUCAUUGGAGGCGAUGACAAUACAAAAUUACUGGACGGACACCGUUAAACAUACAAAGCUUUAAUUUUUGUUUUUUUUUUCAAUAAAUAUUGUAGUUUAAUUAUAAAUAUAAAUACGAGUAUAUACAU